GGAAAAGGAAAGGUUUACUGGAUCAAUGGGGGGUAUGCCACGUAAUUAAGAAGUGAUUUUUAUGUUGGAAAAGAAAGUUGCUUAGAUUAGGUGACGACAGUUCCUGAGUGGUGAGAGAGAGAGAGAGAGAGCGAGUCCCUGGGGAGUUUAAUUGGUGAAAAUGAACCUCUUCAGCUGCCUAUUUUUAUGGUUUUUGUUUCUGUGUAAUUUUAGGCUAUACAUAUACCAAAAUCCUUAAACACUCACCACCAAUUUUCCUUUUAACAAAAGAAAAGAGAAAAAAUGGAAGAUGAGAGGCUAAAUGGGCCAAGUGGAGGGAGCCCAGAAAACCCAUGUGGUGUAAAGAGCAGUGCAAGUAGCAAUAACAACAACGGCAAUAGCACUUACAAUAACAAUAACAAUAGCAAUAAAGAACAAGAUAGAUUCCUCCCCAUAGCAAAUGUUGGUCGCAUUAUGAAGAAAGUGAUCCCAGGCAAUGGAAAAAUCUCAAAAGAUGCAAAGGAGACUGUUCAAGAAUGUGUCUCUGAGUUCAUAAGCUUUGUCACAGGAGAAGCUUCUGAUAAAUGCCAGAGAGAAAAGAGGAAGACCAUCAACGGUGAAGAUAUCAUCUGGGCCAUCACAACCCUCGGAUUUGAGGACUAUGUACAUCCAUUAAAGCUCUACCUCCAGAAAUAUAGAGAACUUGAAGGGGAAAAGCUAAAUGUUCCAAAGCAACAAAGAUUGGAACAAAGGCAGCUGCAGCAACACCAACAAAACCACCACCACCAGCAACCAGAACAACAAGAACAACAAACUUUAGUAUCUGCUUACGAUAAUAGUGUAUAUUCUUCCACCAAUCUCCUUUCUCAGCCAUCUUUCAUAGCCGCUGCCGCUGCGGAUCAUCAUCAGACAGCCUUCUCUUUGCCCUUCUCCCCAACUUCAAUUCAAAAACAAUUGCACCCACAAGAUCAUAUUGAUUCAGUGGGGCAUUGGUAA